AUGAUCAAAUAUUUACAGUGGCUGCUUCGCCACCGGCAGGACAGCGUGAGCCUGCUGACCUUCAUCCUGCUGCUCACGCUCACCAUCCUCACCAUCUGGCUUUUCAAGCACCGCCGCGUCCGCUUCCUUCACGAGACCGGCCUGGCUAUGAUCUACGGACUCAUUGUUGGGGUGAUCCUGAGGUAUGGCACUCCUUCCACCAGCGGUCAUGAUAAACCAUUCAGCUGCUCACAAGAGAAUAGACCAUUUACAACGCUCUUGGUCAAUGUCAGUGGAAAAUUCUUUGAGUAUACCCUGAAAGGUGAAAUAAGCCCUGGAAAAAUCCACAACGUAGAACAAAAUGACAUGCUGCGAAAGGUAACAUUUGACCCAGAAGUUUUUUUCAACAUUCUUUUGCCUCCUAUUAUUUUCCAUGCUGGUUACAGCUUAAAGAAGAGACACUUCUUCAGGAAUCUGGGGUCUAUUUUGGCUUAUGCAUUUUUAGGAACUGCAGUCUCUUGUUUCAUUAUUGGAAAUCUCAUGUAUGGUGUUGUGAAACUAAUGAAGUUGGUGGGACAACUCUCUGAUAAAUUUUACUACACAGAUUGUCUCCUCUUUGGAGCUAUCAUAUCUGCUACUGAUCCAGUUACUGUGCUGGCAAUAUUUAAUGAGUUGCAUGCUGAUGUCGAUCUCUACGCCCUUCUGUUUGGGGAGAGUGUUCUGAAUGAUGCUGUUGCCAUUGUAUUGUCUUCAUCUAUAGUAGCCUACCAGCCAACAGGUGAAAACACCCAUGCUUUUGAUGCAGCAGCAUUUUUCAAAUCGGUUGGGGUUUUCCUUGGAAUCUUCAGCGGUUCUUUCACGAUGGGAGCAGUGACAGGGGUGGUGACAGCUCUGGUGACCAAGUUUACCAAACUACACUGCUUUCCUUUGCUGGAGACUGCUCUCUUUUUCCUGAUGUCCUGGAGCACUUUCUUGUUAGCUGAAGCUUGUGGAUUUACAGGUGUGGUAGCCGUUCUCUUCUGUGGAAUUACCCAGGCUCAUUAUACCUACAACAACCUGUCAGUUGAGUCCAGGAGCCGAACUAAGCAGCUCUUUGAGGUACUGCACUUCCUGGCUGAGAACUUCAUAUUUUCCUACAUGGGUUUAGCCCUGUUUACAUUCCAGAAACAUAUAUUCAGUCCAAUUUUCAUCAUUGGAGCUUUUAUUGCAAUAUUCUUGGGUAGAGCUGCACAUAUCUACCCUCUCUCCUUCUUAUUGAAUCUGGGCAGAAGGCACAAAAUCAGCUGGAACUUUCAGCAUAUGAUGAUGUUUGCAGGUCUUAGGGGAGCCAUGGCAUUUGCUCUGGCCAUACGAGAUACUGCUACUUACUCCCAUCAAAUGAUGUUCUCAACAACUCUUCUUAUCGUCUUUUUCACUGUUUGGGUUAUUGGUGGAGGCACAACACCCAUGCUCUCUUGGCUUAACAUUAGAGUUGGUGACCAUAUUCCAUCGGUGGAAGAGAGGAACCAAAGCCGCUGGCUGUACUUCAGGGUUGGUGUUGACCCAGAUCAGGAUCCCCCACCCAGCAAUGACAGCUUUCAAGUCCUGCAAGGGGAUGGUCCAGAUUCUGAGCGAAGAAAUCGGACAAAGCAGGAAAGUGCUUGGCUCUUCAGGCUGUGGUACAGCUUUGACCACAACUAUUUGAAACCUAUUCUCACGCAUAGUGGCCCUCCGCUAACUACCACUCUUCCCAGCUGGUGCGGUCUGAUAGCUCGCUGUUUGACCAGCCCACAAGUUUAUGAUAAUCAAGAACAGCUCAGAGAAGAGGAUUCGGAUUUUAUCUUGAAUGAUGGUGACCUUGCUGUGACAUAUGGUGAUACAACAAUAACUGCUAAUGGUUCUUCUGGCUCUCACACUGUCACCACUAGCCUCGAUGGCAGGAGAACAAAAAGUAGUUCUGAGGAAGCACUGGAACGUGACUUGGGAACAGGAGAUCAUGAAGUUACAAGCAGGGGUACCAGACUGGUAUUUCCUUUGGAAGACAAUGCAUGACUACUGACUCAGUAAAAAUACUGCUGUAGCCCCAUAGAUGGAUCAAGGAAGACUGCAGGCCCCAGUGCCACUUGAGGUGGAGAUGACUGUUGAAGUAAACUAACGUGUGUAUAAGUGGUUUUACUAAGGUCUGAAGAUGUCAACCUUGACCUUUUCUUUUUUCUAAUUCAAGCUGCUGACAGUGGGUUUUUAAAUGUCUGAACUAGACAAGUGGAAAAAACUCCAGUUUCUUCUCUGAAAACUCCAUAUUGAAUCUAAAUACAAGUAUGCUGCAGUUCUCACUUUACCUGCAACAUCCUUCUAAGAAGAAAUAUGUGAAAAUGUUACCCCCUAGUGCCAAGCUUAUUCUAGUUUGGUUUAGGAAGGAGGGAGAGGAAAUCCAAGCAAAGAGUAAUUAUUAUGAGACUUAGUUAUGUGGACGUAUUGGAGUGUUGGGAGAUCCAGUGUUAAAAUGUUCUCGAAGAAGGCUUGAAGAAACUUGUCCUAAAACAGGAUUCUAGGACUAGAUGAAUGAGUGCUGCACUUUUCUGGGAUCUGUUACUAUAACAUAAACUGCACUUAAUACAUUUCAGGAAAAAGGGAAAAUAGUGCUAUACUACUUCAUUGGCAAUAUACAGAAGGUAAAACAAAGAACAAUUCAGUAUUUAAAUAGGGAGGCAGUGAAUACUUUUUAUUCCCUUUAUUUUGGAGAACUUGACUAUUACUGUUACCAUAUCACAAGAGAGAAAUCCAAAUUCUAACCAUUCAACUCUGAAAUGCCUGGCUCUUACCUCUAAGUAGAUUGUCUGACAUGAUUAAGUUGUUAAAAUCAGAUUAAAUAAACUGAUGGGGAGAGGUCAGCUAAUGUUACUCCAAAAGGCUACUAGCUUGCAGCAUUGAUGAUACAAAACAGUAUUGACCAUAUGUGAAACCACAAAGUUCCAUAUUUGAGAAGUAUCCAUGGAUUCUGCUUCACAAUUCUAGCCUGUGAUGGGUUCAGUUGCAAAUGUUUAUUUAAAAAAGGGAAGCUAGUCCCAUAGAUUUAACCAUUUGUUGUUAUCUUAAAACAAAAGUAUUUACCUUCAUUUUUUUUUUCCAGUGUAGAUGUGAAAUUUCAAUGGGGCGCUGCAUGACUAUAUAUAAAUGAUGCAAGUAACACGCACAGUAGUCCCAUCUGACAUGUAAAAAGGGAAGGAUGUCCUUGCCUACUGCUUGGCCCAUUCAGGUGUGACCAGCUUAACUUAUUGCUUAGUGCUCUUUAAUUCCCACAUCAAUAGAUAUUAGUGACUUAUUGCAAAGAGCUAAUAGCUAAACUAUAUUAUCCCCCUUAACUGGAGCUCAGCUACUGACAGCAUGCUUUAUAAUGUGAACUCAUUCUUGUGUCUCAAAAAAGUUAGGAUUUUUUUUAACCAGCUCAUUGGCCCACUAAUGUGAUGUAAUAUCCGUUUGUUUAUGAUGUAUUUUUUUCUUACUCCGCCAUUUCAGUUUAUUCUUUUCACAGAAAUGAUGUAUGAGCAAAAGUUCAUUCUCUUUUCUCCUUCACUAUUAAACUUACCAGUGGGCUGGC